AGAUCGUACAACAGACUCUUUUGUCUGUACCAAAGGUGGUUAUUUGCCAGUGCUUGAAAGCCAUAGUGAAUAGAAACCAAAACAAACUGACUUUUCUAUCCCAAAGUUGAUCAAAUAUGACAAGACACAACAAAACUCAGAUAAAAAUCAAAAUGGAAGAUGUGGGAGUUGAGUUUGAUGGGCAGGAGAUCGACAGUGAUGAUGAUGCAGGGAGACGUGGAAAAAUAAACAGACAACAAAACAAUAAACCCUCCCCUGCCAGUGCCAGGAAUAACAGAAAUAACAACAGGUCCCAACCUCAGGCUCGAAAUGGUAGAAGGACUGCAGUUGAAAGUGACAGUGAGGAGGAAGAAGAGGAUGAAGCCCCUAAACCGAGACGAGGGAACAGGAAAAAGCCGGCUAAAGCACAAGACAGUGAUGAAGAGAGCGAGGACGAGCAGCCAAAGAGGAAGACCAACAAAAAGGGUGGAAACCAAAAGCAGAAAGCAGUGCCGAAUAAUAAAGAGAAACAAGCUGAUAAGAAGGAUAAAAGGAAGGAUAAAGAUAAAGAUGACAGCAAGGAUAAAAAGAAGAAACAAAAGAAAGACAGUAGUUCCUCCACUUCCUCCUCCUCAGAUGAAGACUCUAUGUCUGAGGAAGAAUUGACCAAGCUAAUGGAGGAGGUCGAAGAGAAGAAGAAACUUGUGUCCAACAUAAGGAAUAAGCCCUGGCGCAUGAAGAGGCGGCUGGUGGCACUAAAAGAAGCUCAAGGUUUUGUGGAAAAGUUUGAAGGAGCUUUGGGCAAAGGAAAAGGAAGAAGACUGUAUGCCUAUAAAAUAAUGAUGACGAAGAAAUUGAUCAAGUUUCAAAGAGAUUUUGACAAUUUUAAGACUGCCUGUAUCCCUUGGGAGAGGAAGAUAAAGGAAGUUGAAAGUCACUUUGGAUCCUCUGUAGCCUCUUAUUUCAUAUUUCUCAGAUGGAUGUAUGGAAUGAAUUUGGUUCUUUUUGGCUUCACAUUUGGGCUGGUUGUAAUACCCGAGCUUCUAAUGGGGCUCCCUUAUGGAAGUAUUCCCCGCAAAACUGUCCCAAGAGCUGAACAGGCUAAAGCUAUGGAUUUCUCAACACUUUGGGACUUUGAUGGUUAUUGUAAGUACUCAGUCCUCUUUUAUGGCUAUUACAAUGAUCAACGGACAAUUGGCUUACUGAAAUUCAGAUUACCUUUGGCAUACCUGAUGGUCGGGAUUGGCACUUUUGGGUACAGCCUGAUGGUUGUUAUACGAACAAUGGCUGCAAACGCCAAUGAAAAUGGAGGAGAUGGUGAAGACUCCGACUUCAAUUUCAGUUGGAAAAUGUUUACAAGUUGGGAUUACCUGAUUGGUAAUUCAGAAACAGCUGACAACAAAUUUGCCUCCAUUACUACCAGCUUUAAGGAAUCUAUUGUGGAUGAAGAGGAAAACCAGAAGGAUGAAAACAUCCAUUUAAGAAGAUUCCUUCGUGUCUUGGCAAAUGUCCUUAUUAUAUGCAGUUUAGGCGGAAGUGGUUAUCUUAUUUACUUUGUAGUAAAACGGUCACAGAACUUUGCUACUAGGGAUAAUCUGGGAUGGUAUGAGAAAAAUGAGGUUGAGAUUGUGAUGUCCUUGCUAGGACUGGUCUGCCCUCCACUCUUUGAGAGCAUUGCUCAACUAGAGGAAUACCACCCACGUAUCGCACUAAAGUGGCAGCUGGGGAGAAUUUUUGCCUUGUUCCUCGGAAACUUAUAUACGUUCCUUUUUGCACUGUUUGAUGAGGUGAAUCAAAAGCUUGCAGUGGAAGAGUCUAUAAAGAAUGCCACAAUAUGGGCAACAAAUAUGUACUACGCCAAUUUCACAGGGAACACAUCUGCCACCCCACCACCCAUAGACCCUGCAGAUGUAAUCAGAGGACCAUGCUGGGAAACCACUGUUGGAAUUGAGUUUGUGAAGCUUACUGUUUCUGACAUACAAGUUACAUAUAUUACUAUUUUGGUUGGAGAUUUCCUUCGAGCUGUGAUUGUGCGAUUUCUUAAUUAUUGCUGGUGUUGGGACCUGGAAUCUGGAUUUCCAUCUUAUGCAGAGUUUGAUAUAAGUGGUAAUGUGCUGGGACUUGUCUUCAAUCAAGGAGUGAUCUGGAUGGGUGCCUUCUAUGCUCCAGGACUAGUUGGAAUUAAUGUCCUGCGUCUGCUGACUUCCAUGUACUACCAGUCCUGGGCUGUAAUGAGUUCUAAUGUUCCUCAUGAACGCAUUUUCAAAGCAUCCAGGUCCAAUAAUUUUUACAUGGGGCUCCUGUUGCUGAUCUUGUUCCUAAGUUUGUUACCGGUAGUCUACACCAUCAUGACCUUACCACCUUCAUUUGACUGUGGACCCUUCAGUGGGAAAUCAAAAAUGUUUGAUAUCAUUAAGGAGACAAUUGAAUUAGAUUUUCCAGCCUUUGUUGGAAAUAUCUUCAGCUACGUAGCCAACCCAGGACUGAUUAUCCCUGCUAUUCUGCUGAUGGUGUUGGCGAUUUACUAUUUAAAUGCUGUUUCCAAAGCAUAUGAAAAAUCAAAUCUGGAACUUAAGAAAAAGAUGCAAAUGCAACGAGACGAAGAGAAGAACCGAAGGAACAACCAAGACAGCACAAAUUCAAUAAUGAAAGAUUUAGAAGACCUGCUGCCCAUCAAGUCUGAGGGUGGUAAUAGUACUGCACCAGCUAAGAAGGCAAGCAUCGACAAGAAUGACCCACCAAAAACCGCAAAAGGAGCUGGCAAACAAGAAGAGGUAUCUCACAAUGGAAGCAGUGUGAACCCUGAGAAGGAGGUGUCACUGGCAGCACAGAACCCCCGCAUUGCAGUGACAAGGCCACCGGGACCCAGACCGCCCGGGCCCUUACCUGGAAACCCACAGCUGACGGUCCCUGGCCAGCGUGGACGAGGCCAACCCCAGAGAAUAGUAAGAGGUCAGCCCAGGCGCUAACACUCUGACUUUUACUCACUGUCUUUACUCAGUCAGUGUGGAUUCAGGUUGUUUCAGCAUUCAAUGCUCUUUGCAGACCAGUUGUCUGUUUCCUGUACAGAAAAUAUCCACCAAAUCCACAUCAUCUAAAUAUGUUCGGUACCGAUUAGGAGUAACUGUACAUUCUGAUUGAGGAUAAAUAUGCAUUUCCUAAACUAAUGAUUGUUUUUACUUUUACUGCAAAAUUAUUAACUGGUAAUUAAUACCAUUGUAAUUGAUUGUACAAUAAAUACACUGUCAUUCCUUUACCAAAAUGUUGUUAUAUAUUUUAGAAUAUGUACUGCAUAUGUGUAUUUUCAGGUAGGUCUAGUUACAACCAGGUGUGAAGCUUUAUUACUUCUAUGUAAAAACAUAAAUAUUAGUUUUGUAUUAUAAUUUACUGGAAAAACUGGAAUAUUAUCUACUAUACUCCAGAAAAAAUAUGAUCUAUUUGUGUAACUGUAAACUGUAUUGGACAUAGUUACAGUUAUUAAAAUUGAAUCGACAAAUAUAUACAGUAUAGG